UUGAUUUUUAAGGUGCAGUCCUACAGGAAUACAAGAUCAAUAAUUGAGCUAGUUCUGCCCUAUAGAGACCAAUCUGAGAACACAGUGAACCUCAGUUUAUAAAAUAGCAGCUCCAAGUGGUGCCACAUGCUGCUGAUUCUGACAUGACACUGUGUCUUUGCAUGGCAGGAUGAUGAAGCACCCUAAAAUUAGCCUUCUUACUAUUUUGUAAAGAGCAGGCAGAAAGGUAGCAGCCUGCACUGAGGAGAACAAAGAGGCACAGGAGAGGACGAGAUCCGAGGCUCACACACAGGCUGGUCGCAACACUUCAUGGUUUCAUCAAAAUUCUGCUUCUUUGGGCAACUGCCAGUCUCUGUAUAUCAAUACUUGCUGUGUGCUCUACAAAUCAUUGAAGUCUGCUAGCACUGACCCCAGAAAGAAGGCUGAUGUGAGUCAACCCUGCACCCAGACAUGGUGGGAACUUCAUGGGGAUCCUACUCAGCCAUGUGAGCACUUCCAGCAUGCAAGACGACAGUUUAGAAUCCUCAACUUCAAUAUCUCAACUUCUGAGAGAGAGUUACUUAGCUGAAACUAAACAUCAAGGGAAGAGUGAAAGAAGCAGAUCAGAAACAGCUUCUCAUAACUUCCACUAUGGCAACGCUUCCAGUGAUCUAGAUGAUGUAGCUGCCCAAGAUGACCUUCCAGAUCUCUCUGCCUUUUUGAGCCAAGAAGAACUAAAUGAAAGUGUAAACCUGGCAAGACAAGCUAUUGAUCAGAAUCCACUGGAAACUAAACAAGAUGAGCUUCAGGCACGUUCACAGCAUCCCCCAGAUCAGCUGAAAAACAUAGGAAAAUACAAACAAAUGGCCCAUUCUCCAGCUUUGAAAACAGCAGACAAUGGCUUGCACUCAAACUUUUGUGAGGACCACAUCAAAAAUUCAAAGGGGUCCAAAGGGAACUCUCAAGAUCUAAAGAAACAUCACCUCCCUUCUGAAUCUGAAUCAAAAAAGGAAUUUCUAAACAAGGCUGCAGAUUUUAUUCAGGAGCUCUCAUCACUUUUCAAAGCUCACAACUCUGAAAGAAUAAGACCCCGAACAUGCAAAAACUACAGGAGUAAAAAAGGUAGCUCUAGCCUAUCUAACACAUCCAUAAAUAGAGAAAGGCUUUCCAUUCCAGUACCUCAAGACUUGGAAAACAAAACAGAGAAAACACUUGAACAAACAGAUGAUCAUCAGGCGGCAAACUUGGAAUCCAUCAAUCAAUUAACAAACACAGAGCUAAAAACAGAGUCAGAAUCUGCAUCUGUAUAUUCUGAUGAGCCUAUUGGACAACCACCACGCUUUACUCAAAAACUGAAGAGCAGGGAAGUUCCUGAAGGAACCAAAGUGCAAUUGGACUGCAUUGUGGUAGGGAUCCCAGCACCUGAAGUCAGGUGGUACUGUGAAGGGAAGGAGCUUGAAAAUUCACCAGACAUUCAAAUUAUCCAGGCAGGUGAUCAACACUCAUUGGUUAUUGUUGAAGCUUUUGAGGAGGAUACAGGACGUUACUCGUGCUUUGCUUCAAACAUCUAUGGAACAGACUCCACCUCUGCAGAGAUUUACAUAGAAGGAGUCUCUUCUUCUGACUCUGAAGGUGAAAUAAUCAAAGACGAAAUGGAUCACAAACCAAAGCCAGCUGACACCUUCUUGAAUGAAGCAUCUCCUGCUGCUAGAACUGCAACAAAGCAUCUAGAGACCUCCAAGGCACCAUCUGCGGUGGCUCAGCCUGUGUCUGUACCUAUCCAGCCUGUGUCAACACCAGUUAAUCAGACUCAAAGCCCCACUAACUAUUUGCAAGGACUGGAUGGAAGACCUAUAAUUGCUGCUCCUGUGUUUACAAAGAUGUUACAGGAUAUUUCAGCUUCUGAGGGGCAGCUUGUGGUCUUUGAAUGUCGGGUGAAAGGAGCUCCUUCCCCAAAGGUUGAAUGGUAUAGAGAAGGGACACUGAUAGAAGACUCUCCAGAUUUUAGGAUAUUACAGAAAAAACCAAGAUCUAUGGCUGAACCAGAGGAAAUUUGUACUCUUGUUAUCGCUGAAGUAUUUUCAGAAGAUUCUGGCAGCUUUACGUGUACUGCAAGCAAUAAAUAUGGCACAGUAUCUAGUAUAGCUCAUCUAACUGUCAAAGCAUCUGAAGACAGUAGUAAUGCUGCUACCCUUCACACAAUGAGCUCAAUCAACUUAAUUGCUGCUGAACAUCAAGCUCCUCCAUGUACUCCUUCCCAUCGUGUAGCAAAUCAAACCCUCAAACCUAAACUCGAAGGUGUUCUUGUGAACCACAAUGAACCCAGAUCGAGUUCCAAGAUAGGUCUCCGGGUGCACUUCAAGCUGCCUGAAGAUGAUAAAGGAAGUGAAUCAUCAUCAGAGGAUGGACCUGGCAUUACAAACCAAAACAGACCCAACUAUUUCCAAGAGACGACAAAUGGACAGCCAAUGAAGAUACCAGAGCCAACGUCACCAUCUAAGGAACCCCCCCCAGUACUGGCUAAACCAAAGCUUGAUCAGACCCAGUUAAAACAGCUCCACAACCAGGUCUUGCUUGAACAACAGCAGGUACAUCAGAUGUCUGCAAGAGAGUUGUCAUUUAACCCAGCUUUACUGAAUUCUGCUACUUCACUUCAUCAACAGUCAACCUUGACUACAUACAAGCAAAGCAAUGCUUCUGCUUCUCAAGCAUACCGACCUAAGCAACUCCCACCAUCACAAACGACACCAUCUACCAGUUCCUCUUCUAGCUUCUUAGUUACAACAUUCAGCAACAUCCCUCAAGGAAUUCAAAGGACAAAUAACAAAGAAAAUUUCACAGGAAAUCCUCCACCUGCCCAAUCAAUGUCUUCAGGAGGGUUUACAAGCAAAACUGAACAGUCUCUACCUAGCCCUAAAGAAUCCAUGGUGCCUCCAUUAACCCUUUCUACAUCAAGUGUAAAACAAUUUCAGCCACAAAGUGUGACUCCUGCUCCUAUCUCCCCAACUGGCCGGAUUCAGAAUCCAGUAGCUUUCCUUAGUGCUGUUCUUCCUUCACUUCCUACUGUGCCAUCAACCAAUGCUAUGGGACUACCCAGAAGUACACCAAACACCCCAACCCAGGGAUUAAUAAAGAAAAAUCUGAGGCCUCUGCCAUUAGCAACAGAUGAUUCUAUUCGGGAAAAUAAAGCUGCACUUGUGAAGGACCUGGAAAGAAAACUGCAUUUCAGAGAGGAUGUAAAUCAACAAAGUAGUCAGCAGAGCCGUGCCUCUCUCACUCUACAGGAAUACAGGAUUUCAAGCUUUGAGCAGAGGCUGAUGAAUGAAAUAGAAUUUCGCCUUGAACGAACCCCCGUGGAUGAAUCAGACGAUGAAGUCCAACACGAGGAAAUCCCUACAGGCAAAUACAUAGCACCAAUAUUUGAUAAGAGACUUAAGCACUUUCGGGUAAUGGAAGGAUCUCCGAUUACAUUCACUUGCAAAAUAGUUGGAAUACCUGUUCCCAAGGUAUACUGGUUCAAGGAUGGCAAGCAGAUUUCAAAGAAAAACACGCAUUUCAAAAUGAACAGAGAAGAAGACGGAACAUGUUCUUUACAUAUUGAAGCUUCCACUAAUGAUGAUGAUGGCAACUAUACAAUUAUGGCUGCAAACCCACAAGGGAGAAUCAGUUGUUCAGGCCACUUGAUGGUUCAGAGUAUCCCUGUUCGGUGCCGAAUAUCAACAGCUCAGCCUCACAGAACACGAUCUCGGGUGCAAGAAGGAGACAAAGAGGCAGUUCAAGAACGCUUUUUCAGGCCAUACUUUCUACAGGCUCCAGGUGACAUGGUAGCACAUGAAGGUCGACUUUGUAGGUUGGAUUGUAAGGUUAGUGGAUUACCAACUCCAGACCUAACGUGGCUUCUGAACGGCAAACCUGUACUACCAGAUGGCACCCAUAAGAUGCUGGUCAGAGAGACUGGAGUCCACUCUCUUCUUAUUGAUCCUCUCUCACAAAAUGAUGCUGGAACUUAUACUUGCCUUGCCACUAAUAAAACAGGACAAAAUUCAUUUAGUCUGGAGCUCACUGUUGUAGCAAAGGAAGUGAAAAAAGCCCCCAUGUUUUUGGAGAAGCUUCAGAACUGUGGUAUUCCUGAAGGGUACCCUGUCAGAUUAGAGUGCAGAGUUGUGGGAAUGCCACCCCCCAUAUUUUACUGGAAGAAGGAUAAUGAGACCAUCCCAUCAAACAGAGAGAGGAUGAGCAUGCAUCAAGAUACAACAGGCUAUGUCUGCCUCCUCAUUCAACCUGCCAAGAAAGCAGAUGCUGGCUGGUAUACCUUGUCUGCAAAAAACGAAGCUGGUAUUGUCUCUUGUACUGCUAGACUUGACAUAUACGCUCAGUGGCAUCAUCAAAUUCCACAACCAAUAAAGCUUCGACCUGGUGGCAGCCGGUAUGCAAGCCUUACGGGUCAAGGACUUGACAUUUUUUCUGCCUUCCCAACUACUGAAAGCCCUAUGCUGCUUUCAUCACCAACCCAAAAGUUGGUGGAGAGUGAAGAACUUUGAAAAACAACUGUUCCAGUUACACCUGCAGAGAUAUUAGAAUGUGGGGGGUGGGGUUGGAAGGGAAGGGGUAACAAACCCAAACAGAAAAAAAAAAGCCCAAACCAAAAAAGACGUACAAGUCAAGAUGCUCAACGUUUACAAGCAACUUGUUUGUAAUUAAGUGUACUGCUGCAACAAAUGUUGCAAGUAACAGAUCAUACAAGACUUUUACAUAUUAUUUUACUGCAGGAUAAUUGUGGUAUGGAGUGUCGUGCAAUAAAUUCAGUACUGUGUAGUUUGCUAAGAAUUACAUAGUAAACAUAGUUUUCAGCACCUAAAAGCCAAUACCACUUUUACUGCUUGAAUUAAAGCUACUGUACUGUAGCAUGCCAUGUUAAGGAUUGAUGAUUAGCUGGAGUACUGCCAGUGAAAACAUUGACAAUUACAACAACAAUAAUCCUGAAUGAGCGUAUACAACAAGACUUUGAAUGUAAUGCUAAAAAAUAUGCCAGAUAAUCACAAAGCACAAGUUACAGGGAAAAGAUGUAACUCAUUUUUAUAUAUUAAUAUACCAAUAAUCUUUGAAUUUUUGAACUCUAGAUAUAGUGUUUAAUGUAGGUGCAGCUGUAUACUCUAUAUAUUUAUAUGUGUGUGUGUGUGUGUGUGUGUAUUCCAUGAACUGUACUCACGGUGUAAGGAUUCAUAAAUUAAGGGACCGGGCACAUGCAUAGGAUGCUAACAUAGGAAACCAAAAUUCCUGUUGUCUGAAGCAUGUUCUCAGGAGCCCAUAGCUGAAACUGUUUUCCAGAUGUGCUUCAUAUUUUUUCUUUGAAAUGUUAAUGAUUUUCUGACUUCAAACACAGAUGAUAUGAAGUUUGUAGCUUUGUGGGUUUAAAAUACCAUUUAAUACCAUUUUAAAAAAUACCUUUUUUCCUCAUUUUUAACAUGACUAAAUUAAAAAUGCAUCUGCCAUCUAGCUCAUUUUUUAACUAACUGAAAAGGAAAUACGAUCUGGUGGAAUUUAAAUUUUCAUCAUCGUUAUGGAAAUUACCACAAAUGUGCUGCCUUCUAUAAAGAGAAAAUUCUGUUAAUAUACAAAAGUUAUGAAGUUAAGCAACAGUUAUGUGCAAAGAGCUAAAAACCCUAUUAUAACUGAUCAUAGUAAUAAAUAAGGCAAUUUAUUGAAAGGGCAACAGAAGGUGUUAAGUGACAACACUUAAUGAUUGAUACAAGCAUAUUUAGCAUCUACACACUUGCGUUAAUACCUCCCAGGACUUAGAAUCCGUGAAUGUCUAAGAUUAUUUCCUGCACCUUUAAAUUACUGCUGUCCCUCUUCUUUGGACAUUGUUUUCAAGCAAUUCUUGCUUACCGCUUUCACCAUGGCUAGAGAAUGCAGUGAAGUCCUGAUUAAAGUCACAGGGAGUACAAGAAAAAUUAACAGGUAGUUUCAUUUUAGACCUCAUCUGCGUUUUUUCAAAUAAAAAAUAUAACUUUAAAAAAAUCACAUAUGCAAAGAAAAUAAUGAGUUCUCUUUAGAGCAAAAGGAUACUGGAUACAGGCAGAGACUGAGAAAGAGAUAGUCCUUUAUUGGGUUUCCUACAAAUACAGCUUAUGUUGGUUCCAAAUGCUGGUUCCCUAAGGGUUUGGAGGAAGUUAAUUUCUCAUUUGUUCCUACCUGAGUGAAGACCAUAAAACAAAACCAUCAUUAUAAUGUUCAUGCUUUUGUUACAAACCACAGACGAGUCACCCCAGACCAAACAGACCACAAAACUCAAAUCCAUUCUUAUCCUGGGAAAUAAACCAAUGUGCAGAUAUUUCAGCGGGAAAGCAGAAACACCAGUUGUUGCCUGUGUUGUACCUCCUCCCUGGCAAACAAGAUAAAACUAAUCGCUAUUAAAAGUUC